AUGGCUACUCUUACACACUCUCCAGCCGUCAUCACCUCCUUACCCGACCUCCUCAUCUUCUUGUCUUCGAUCACUCUGUUUAGCACUCUGUAUUUGGACUUUGAGGGUAAAAACCUCAGUCGUAAUGGAACCCUUACUAUAUUAACCGUGCUUGUUUACCCAACACAGGUAAUAAGUCUUAUUGACAUCCAGACCCUGGGGACCUCCGCUUUCACCACGUCAAGUACCAAUGGGAAGACUCUCAAGGCCAUCCUCGAGGAUCCGCUCACUCCUAAGUGCAUCUGGGACGUACGUAAUGACGCUGACGCCCUGUGGGCCCAUCAUCACGUCUACCUUAGGGGAGUCAUAGACGUACAGCUUCUCGAGAAUGCAUCCCGUACCGGCGACAAAACCUACAUACGAGGGCUUAAUAUAUGCGUCGAGAAGGAUCUGAAGCUGAAGUUCAUGGAACUCCAUAGUUGGAUCAAAACCAAAAGGGAUAUACAGGCGCUCAUGCCUAACAACAUCUUCGCGCACCGACCUUUAGACGCUGAGACAAUACGAUAUUGUUCCAAUGAUGUCGUAUACCUACCUGCACUACGCGAAACUUAUAUCCAGCGAAUCGAUAGCCAAUGGAUAGAGAAGGUAAUGGACGAAAGCGCUCGCCGUGUAGUCGACGCCUGCAGCCCUUCAUAUGAGUCUCAGUCAGGCACGAAGAAGUUGGGACCUUGGGGUUCGGGGCUGGAAAAAGCUGAGUUGGCCUUGGAGGAAUGGCUUGAUAAAGUGGAUAGACGUAGGAUGGAUGAGAUGCAAAAAGACUAUAUGAUGGAUGGAAGAGAAGAUGAUACAUCCGGAUAUGAGGAUUGCUAUCAUGCUGGAAGUUAUAGAGACGCGGUAUGGGACGAUACGUUUGACAGUUGUUGGGAAAAGUAA